AUGAAGAUUGCUGGUUACCUGUAUGGAGUGAGCCCACCUGACAACCCCCAGGUGAAGGAGAUCCGCUGUAUUGUAAUGCCUCCACAGUGGGGCACACAUCAGACUGUGCACCUGCCUAUUUCACUACCUAACCAGGAAUAUCUUAAGGAAAUGGAGCCCUUGGGUUGGAUCCACACUCAGCCUAAUGAACUUCCCCAGCUGUCCCCACAGGACAUCACAACCCAUGCCAAGGUGAUGUCUGAUAACCCUGCCUGGGACGGAGAGAAGACCGUCAUAAUUACAUGCAGCUUCACCCCUGGGUCCUGCUCCUUGACUGCCUACAAGUUGACCCCCAGUGGCUAUGAGUGGGGCAGACAGAACACGGACAAAGGAAACAACCCCAAGGGAUAUCUACCAUCACAUUAUGAGAAAGUGCAGAUGUUGCUGUCUGAUAGAUUCCUAGGCUUUUUCAUGGUACCUAGUGUUGGAUCAUGGAAUUAUAAUUUCAUGGGUGUCCGUCAUGACCCCAACAAGAAGUAUGAGUUACAGUUGGCUAACCCCAAAGAGUUUUACCAUGAAGUGCACAGGCCAUCCCAUUUUCUGAACUUCAGCAGCAUAGAGGAAGGAGAGUUCAUGAACUCUGACAGAGAGGAUAUGUUUGCUUAGUUCACUCACCAAGUAUUUUUGAAAAGGAAAAAAUAUCUUUAGAUUGGCAAAAAAUUAUGGGUUGGACAACUUUUUAUGAAGUAGAAUUUGAGGACUUCAUUAAUUGCAGGUCACUUUAAACAAGGCCCUUGCAUAGAACUGUAAAUAAAUGUUACAAAACAAAGAUUUUUUAAAAGAAGUUUCAUGUGAAGUAGAUAAAAUGGAAAGAACUUUGUGUCAAGACCAAAGAAUCAAAAUGUA